AUGAAAACCAAUCUAAUCUCCUCGUUUGCUUUCCGACCGCAUGUAAGGUUCGGCUUUCUUGACUUCGGAUAUAGCUUAAAGUCGAUUCUUGACGUCACUUCGCAAUAUCAUUUCAUUCCCAUUAAACUGGCGUAUGGACUUUGCGAUCCUUUAUUAAUAGUUUAUCCGGAUCCCAGUUUUAGUUUGGCUCAAGCUGCAGGUGAAAAGAAAAAAGUCGUAUUCCCUACGUAUGAAGAUGUUCCGAAACUACUGUUGACGUUUAAGCAGAUUAUGAAUACGUAUAGGAAGGGAAGUUUGGGACAGAGACAGAGACAGAGAGUGUACGGGCGAAAUGGGAAUGAAUCACAUUCUACGUAA